AUUGGGAACCGUCAGAUAUUGAAAGUGAGCAGUCGAAACAUUUUGAAAACGAUGAAGAGAUGAAUCAAAAUGAUAGCAAUAACAUUGAUCAAUUUGUACGACCCUUCAAAUGCUCCGACUGCACAAAAUCCUUUCACCAAAAAGCCCAUCUUAAAUCACACACCCGUACGCACACAGGUGAUCGACCCUACCAAUGUUCCUACUGCUCGAUGUCGUUUGCACAGAAAUACAAUCUUGACAGACACACUCGUUCACACACUAAUGAUCUUUCAUACCAGUGCCCUCAUUGCUCAAAGUCCUUCAUACAAAAAUGCAAUCUUGAAAAACACACUCGUACUCACACAGGUGAUCGACCCUACCAGUGCUCCCACUGUUCGAAGUCAUUUCCACAAAAAUCCCAUCUCCAUGUACACAACUGUACGCACGCCAUGGAACUGCCGCAUAUGUGUCCUCACUGCUCUAAGUCAUUUUCCCGUUCCGAUAGUCUACGGAUUCAUAUCCUCCGGUUGCACACGGAUAAACGACCAUACAAAUGCUCUCACUGCUCGCAGUCAUUUCAACAAAAAUUUCAUCUCCGAGAACACAGCCGUAUUCACACUGGCGAACGGCCGCAUAGAUGCUCUUACUGCUCAAAGUCUUUUAAACAAAAAUCAAAGCUUGAUAGACACACUCUUACUCACACAGGGGAACGACCCUACCAAUGCACUCAGUGCUCGAAGUCAUUUCAGGAAAAGUCGAAUCUCCAGGUACACCUCCGUUCUCACAAGUGCAUCCACUGCUCAAAGACUUUUAGAUACAGAAACAAUCACAUCCGUAAGAACGUUGAGAAUGGAAGAUUCUAUUGCUCCUACUGCUCCAACCCUGGACCGUAA